AUGAUGAGCGACAAGAACAUGGUCUUCCGUUGCAUUAGGGCAUCGGGAGGAAGAUUGAGUGAAAUUACAAACACGGGCCAACAGCUGUAUGGAUUGGACGACAUACCAUAUGGAUUCAACCCAUCACCUGAUAUGGCUAUUCUGACAUUCCCAGCCUUGGCUGCUUCCUCGGGGUAUUCUUCAUCGAACGACUUCCAUGCUUCCCCUUCCGAUGGAUCAGCAGCAAGUAGCAAGCAGCGGCAGCAGCAGGAAGCAGCAGCCAGCGGCAGCAGCAAGCAUCAGCGGCAGCGGCGGCAGCAAGCAGCAAGCGGCAGCGGUAGCAGCAAAGCAGUAGCAGGGGGCUCACCGGCGAAGCAGAGGCAGGGCGGAGCAGGGCGGGGCGGCGACGAGGUCGGGGCGGAGAAGGGCGGCGACGGGCGGGGCAGUGGCGUCGGCCACCGGCGCAGUCGGGGAUGGGGCGGCCGCAGCCGGGAUGGGGCCACCGGGGACGGGGACGGGCCGGCCCGGCGGCGUCGACGGCGGUCUUGGGGCGGCGCGGGCAGUGGGGGCGGUGCGGCGGCGGUGGGGGAGGGGAUGGGAUGGGGGCGGGGGCGGGACGACGCCGGAGUUGGGGGAGGGGAUGGGGGCAGUGGAGAGGGUCGGGAUAGGGCGGUGGCGGCGGUGCGGGUGGGGAUCAGGGUCGGGCGGGGGGAGACGGUGGGGGGAGGAAGAAUGAGUGGAGGGGGUGGGUGCGACUGUGGAUAA